AUGGUGAGUAGUUUCUUCUGCGAAUUGUUUCUCUUUUUGCAAUACCAUUCGUUUAGCUAUCUCGAACAAAAAAUCUAUGGCAACGCAUGUUGGUCCGAUAAUGGAGAAAUCGAUGUAAUGGAACAGGUCGGCUACGAUCCAAAUAAGAUUGUGUCGAGUGUACAUACAGCGGAAUAUAAUCAUAUGAAAAAUACACAACCCACCCAUGGUGUAGAUGUGCCGGAUGCUUGCUCAAACUUCAAAAUUUAUACUCUGAAUUGGACUUCUGACCAACUUGAAAUGUUCGUUGGUGAUGAUAAUCAGCCAUUUGAACAGCGAAUUCUCGUAUGGGAUAAAGGGAAUCAAGGUUGGGAAAGAUGGCCUUUCGACAACGACUUUUUCAUUAUUCUCAAUAUCGCCAUUGGUGGUACAUGGCAAAAGGGAGGACAACAUGGAAUUGACGAAAGUGUUUUUCCAAAACGAAUGGAAAUUGAAUGGGUUCGGUUCUAUAAGGUUGAGAGUGAAAAUGUUGGGACUCAAAGUGCACCUGCUGCUCAGCGAGUGAUUGCACUUCGAUCCAAUGCCAAUGGUCCACUGCUAGCCAGUCGAGAUGCUGUCGGUGGUUGGGAGAAAUCUGAUCUUAUUACUCUCGAUGGAAACAAAGUUGCUCUACGAUCAUAUGCAAAUGGAAAAUAUGUGUCUGCAGAAGCUGCAGGAAAAAACCUUUGA